CUUUGAGAAAGUAGUCAGCAUAUGUACCUGUUCUUUGCUAACACACUAGCACCCUCUUUGACUGAAACACUGCAAAGGACAAAUUUGAAAAUAUUCUUCUACCUGCUUAGGAUGGCAUACAUUUUGAAGACACUCAACAGCUGGUUCUGGUGGGAGAGCUUGUGGAUGCCUGCCAAUUGCACAUGGGCAGAUCUUGAAGACCGUGAUGGCCUUGUCUUUCCAAAGCCAUAUCAAUUAUAUGCCACAAUACCAUUUGCUUUUGUGAUGCUGAUGGCCCGAUUCUUGAUAGAAAGAUAUGUUGCUAUACCUCUAGCAAAAGCUUUAGGUUUAAAGAACGUAACACGAGUGAAGCCUCAACCAAAUGCUGUUCUAGAGAAUUAUUUCCGAAAAUGCACAAAACUUCCAUCCCAAUCUGAGAUUCAAGGCCUGGCCAAAAAGUGUAACUGGACAGUUCAUUUGGUGGAAAAGUGGUUUAGGAGACGACGAAAUCUUGAGCUCCCAACGCUGCUUCGGAAAUUCCAGGAAGCUUGCUGGCGAUUUUCAUUUUAUCUCACAUCAUCCAUUGCUGGAUUGAUAUUUCUAUAUGACAAACCUUGGUUUUAUGAUAUAUGGCAAGUGUGGGCUGGCUACCCGUUUCAGUCCUUGCUACCAUCCCAGUAUUGGUACUACAUGGCUGAGAUUAGUUUUUAUUGGUCUCUGUUGUUUACCCUGAGUACUGACACCAAAAGGAAGGACUUUAUGGCCCACGUCGUUCACCAUGUGGCGGCCAUUGUUUUGUUGGCCUGUUCUUGGUGCAGCAAUUACGUUCGUAUUGGGUCCUUAGUGAUGAUUGUACAUGAUGCUGCAGACUUCUGGCUCGAGUCAGCCAAAAUGUUUAAUUACGCUCGAUGGGAAAAAACCUGCAAUGUUCUCUUCGUCAUCUUCUCUGUUGUGUUCUUCAUCACACGGAUUGUCCUUUUCCCUUUUUGGAUUUUACGUGGUACAUUAUAUCUGUGUUCAUAUUAUUCCUCCACAAUGGUUAUAGCGUAUUUCAUCUACAACGUGCCACUUUUAAUUCUGCAAGGACUCCAUCUAUACUGGGGCUAUUUUGUUCUCAAAAUUUUGAAUAAAUUUAUUUUCCUAAAGGUGCUCAAGAGGCCUACCCCUGCUUGGGCUAAAACUGAUGGCAAAAAUGAGUUGAAAGAUGACCGGAGUGAUGAUGAAGAGGAAGACUCUCUCACCGAUAAUGAAGAGUGCACUAAGAAUGGCAGCAAGAAUGGCUGUAACGUGAGCAGACGCCAACUCUUAAACAACAGUCAUUAGAUCCAAGCCUGCGCCACCUCUGGCAGGGCCACUUGCAGUGUCCUUAACCCAACCUACAGUAGAGAUCUUAGUCAACUGACCUAUGAGAGUCUGUGAUUGAUUUAUUCCUGGUUGCUAGUCAUGGAAGGAAACCCAAUUUAGAAGGGGGUGGAAAAAGCUGCUUAAAAUGGCUAAAGGUGGUGUUGACCCACUUUCUGAAUUAUUGCAUACAAGCAUGUGAAAAACCUCCCAAGACUCUGCAAAUCUCUCUUUAAAGUACUCAAGAAUUUCAAAACUAUCUCAGAACAUUUUAACAUCAAUCGGAUUUAACCCUGCAUUGCAAACCUGAGAAAAGCCAGGCAACUUUACCCAAUAAUUUUGGUGGCAUUUCCAUGUAUUUUUAGAAGUGCAUAGGUGAUGUGAACCUCAAUAAAGAUCAGAAUUGCUCCAUGUGGGAGAAAUCUAUGACACUGGGAUAUAUCAUCUAGCAUUUUCUGCAUGCUGCUUGCGUUUCUGCCCUCAUUACUGGACUACUGCUUUGGAAUUUGAUUUAAUUCCCAUGUGGCUAAGGGAUGCUAAUAAGUACACUAUGGGGUUAUUAUUUAAGUUUAGUGUUUGUGCCGCCCUACAAUGCCUCCUUCACUUAAAGAAGCAGUUGUUCAAAAAAAAAAAUCUGUUCCUUGAAAUGGUGUCCUUUGAAAUCUCUCCAGGUAUCUUCUGUUUCAGGGGAAGAUUUUCAAGAAAGUGGCGGCAAAUAAAUAAAUAAAUCCCAUUCAUUAAUGGUGUUUGUAACAUUUUUCAGACUGGAUUGUGGCACAGAGCUCAGCAGGAGGAUACCUUAUCGAGCCACUCGGAAAUUGCCACUAGUGCAUGGUGCAAUGGCUUCCCUCAGUCAUUGAGCCUUGCACAAAAAGAGCACUUGAGCUCAGAGCUUUCCAAUCAAUACUCUGACUGUCGAUCAUCUUCCAGACAAAGUUUCAGAUAGUACUGACUUAUAAAGCCCUAACCUAUUUGGGUCCCUUUGUAGAGACUUCUGCCAUGUGGUUCUGCAGCCUUUGAAUUGAUCUGAUUCAGUCAAGCUUGUAGCUCAGAAGAGACAAGAGGGGUUACUGGUACAGGGUUCUCAUUGAGAGCCUUUCAUUCUGAAAAACUCUUCUCUCCAUUUGGUGACCUAUAGGACAUGCUGCAGAAUUCACUAUUUUCCCAGGCUUUCCUUGGAAAAUGGAAGGAUGAGUAAGGAGCUGGGAUGGGAAAUGUUGCUAGAGGCUUAGGCCUCAUAUUUUCAUAGAAUUAUAGAACUCUAAGGGACCUCAAGAGGUUAUUGAGUCCAGUCCCCUGCCCUCACAGCAGGACCAAGCACUGUCUU